CCAUCCUUCCAGAAACUUCUCCCUUCCACAGGGGGUGAUUGGGCAGGUGCCCCGAGCCCUUCCUUUGUUCGUGUAUCACUUGUUGCCACCGGUGUCAGUCAUGUUGAAUUCCCCUCCUCAGUUUCCCCCGAUUGGUUCUUGUACACCCCUUUAUAUACUGCUUCUCCCCCUUUUGUCCCGUCUUUUCCCGCCUGGACGCGGUGGGGAAUACAUUAAAACCACUGGGCUACACCGGGCGUGUUAAGACCCUCUUUUCUCUCCGGCUUCUCUGCCUUGCCGCUCCUCUCCAUACUGUUGCUUUCUGCCGAAGGCGCAGCCCGGACGUCCCUGACGGCUCCGGGUAGUGCCCCUAGCUGCUAGCUGUUGCUGUGCUCCGCGCUAGCCCCGGCCGCCUUCCCCCCACCCCCCGCUCGGACGGGAGGAAAGUGCUUUCGACGCAGCAGCGCGGCAAGGAAGGAAACAACUUCAAGAGCUGACCUGCCCAGGGUGCAACAUCUCUAAAGAAGCUGCUGCAGGAUGAAAAGAUGGCAGCGCGGCUGCUCGCACCACCAGGCCCCGAGAGUUUUAAACCCUUCACUCCGGAGUCCCUGGCCAACAUCGAGAAACACAUCGCGGAGCUGAAGAAGAAGCAGCGCUCCAAGCAGGACAGCAGCCACCGGGAUGACGAUGAAGACAGCAAACCAAAACCAAACAGUGACCUUGAGGCGGGCAAGAAUUUGCCUUUCAUCUACGGGGACAUCCCUAAAGGGCUGGUUGCUGUGCCACUGGAGGACUUUGACCCUUAUUAUAUGACCCAGAAAACCUUUGUAGUACUAAACAGAGGGAAAACACUCUUCCGAUUUAGUGCCACACCUGCCUUGUACAUUUUAAGUCCUUUUAAUCUGUUUAGAAGAAUAGCUAUUAAAAUUUUGAUACAUUCAGUAUUUAGCAUGAUCAUUAUGUGCACUAUUUUGACCAACUGUGUAUUCAUGACUUUUAGUAACCCGCCAGAAUGGUCAAAGAAUGUGGAGUACACAUUCACCGGGAUUUAUACGUUUGAAUCACUCGUGAAAAUCAUUGCCAGAGGUUUCUGUAUAGAUGGCUUCACCUUCCUGAGGGAUCCCUGGAACUGGCUGGAUUUCAGCGUCAUCAUGAUGGCAUAUGUCACAGAGUUUGUGGACCUUGGGAAUGUCUCAGCAUUGAGAACUUUCAGAGUUCUCCGAGCUUUGAAAACUAUCUCUGUAAUUCCAGGCUUGAAGACCAUCGUGGGUGCCCUGAUCCAGUCUGUGAAGAAGCUGUCGGAUGUGAUGAUCCUGACAGUUUUCUGUCUCAGUGUCUUUGCCCUCAUCGGGCUCCAGCUGUUCAUGGGCAAUUUAAGGAACAAGUGUGUGAUUUGGCCAAUUAAUGUGAACGAGACCUUCCUGGAUAAUGGCUCCAGGGGCUUCGACUGGGAGGAAUACACCAACAAUAUGUCAAAUUUUUACAUCAUUCCUGGCGCCCCUGACCCUUUGCUCUGUGGUAACAGCUCAGAUGCAGGCCAAUGUCCAGAGGGAUACACGUGCAUGAAGGCAGGACGGAACCCCAACUAUGGCUACACGAGCUUUGACACCUUCAGCUGGGCUUUUCUGGCUUUAUUUCGCCUUAUGACUCAGGACUUUUGGGAAAACUUGUAUCAGUUAACUUUACGAGCGGCAGGAAAAACCUACAUGAUCUUCUUUGUGCUGGUGAUCUUUGUGGGAUCCUUUUACCUGGUGAAUCUGAUUUUGGCUGUGGUGGCCAUGGCCUACGAGGAGCAGAACCAGGCGACCCUAGAGGAGGCAGAGCAGAAGGAGGCAGAAUUCAAGGCCAUGUUGGAGCAAUUGAAAAAGCAACAGGAAGAAGCACAGGCUGCUGCCAUGGUCACCUCGGCAGGGACAGUGUCUGAAGAUGCUGUGGAAGAUGAUGGUGGGGGGAGGAUGUCCCGGAGCUCCUCGGAGAUUUCCAAGCUCAGUUCCAAGAGUGCCAAGGAGCGUCGGAACAGGAGGAAGAAGCGGAAGGACAAGGAGCUGUCGGAAGGAGAUGAGAAGUGUGACAAUGAGAAGGUGUUCAAAUCAGAAUCUGAGGAUGGCAUGAGGAGGAAAGCAUUCAGGCUGCCAGAUAACAGGCUGGGAAGGAAGUUUUCCAUCAUGAACCAGUCUCUCCUCAGCAUCCCAGGUUCCCCUUUCCUCUCCCGCCACAACAGCAAGAGCAGCAUCUUCAGCUACAAGGGGCGCUUCCGCGACCCGGGCUCGGAGAACGAGUUCGCGGACGACGAGCACAGCACGGUGGAGGAGAGCGAGGGCAGGAGGGACUCGCUCUUCAUCCCCAUCCGCGGCCGCGACCGGCGCAGCAGCUACAGCGGCUACAGCGGCUACAGCCAGGGCAGCCGCUCCUCGCGCAUCUUCCCCACGCUGCGCCGCAGCAUCAAGAGGAACAGCACCGUGGACUGCAAUGGCGUCGUGUCCCUCAUCGGAGGGCCACCCUCCAGCAUGCCUGGUGGCCGCAUCCUGCCCGAGGGUACCACUGAGAUUGAAAUUAGAAAGAAGCCUGGUGGGUCGCUCUUGGUCUCAAUGGAUCAGGUGAAUGCAUCCUAUGGAAGGAAGGAUCGGACCAACAGUGUCAUGACUGGGUUGACCAACACCCUUGUUGAGGAGCUGGAAGAGUCCCAGAGGAAGUGUCCCCCUUGCUGGUACAAAUUUGCCAAUACCUUCCUGAUCUGGGAAUGCCACCCAUACUGGAUGAAACUGAAGGAGAUUGUGAACUUAAUUGUCAUGGAUCCUUUUGUUGACUUGGCCAUCACCAUCUGCAUCGUGCUGAACACAUUGUUCAUGGCCAUGGAGCACCACCCCAUGACCCCUGAGUUUGAGCACGUGCUCUCUGUGGGAAAUCUGGUUUUCACUGGGAUUUUCACAGCAGAAAUGUUCCUGAAGCUCAUUGCAAUGGAUCCGUACUAUUAUUUUCAAGAAGGCUGGAACAUCUUUGAUGGAUUUAUUGUCUCCCUGAGUUUAAUGGAGCUGAGCCUGGCAGAUGUGGAGGGACUUUCCGUGCUGCGAUCUUUCCGAUUGCUGAGAGUCUUCAAACUGGCCAAGUCCUGGCCCACUCUGAACAUGCUGAUAAAAAUCAUUGGUAACUCAGUGGGUGCCUUGGGGAAUUUGACCUUGGUGCUGGCCAUCAUCGUGUUCAUCUUCGCCGUGGUGGGAAUGCAGCUCUUUGGCAAAAGCUACAAGGAGUGUGUCUGCAAGAUCAAUCCGGAGUGUGAGCUACCCCGCUGGCACAUGCACGAUUUCUUCCACUCCUUCCUUAUUGUCUUCCGUGUGUUGUGUGGGGAGUGGAUUGAGACCAUGUGGGAUUGUAUGGAAGUGGCAGGACAGGCCAUGUGCUUGAUUGUCUUCAUGAUGGUCAUGGUCAUCGGAAACUUAGUGGUGCUGAACCUGUUCUUGGCCUUGUUGCUGAGCUCCUUCAGUGCAGACAACCUGGCAGCCACAGAUGAUGACGGGGAGAUGAACAACCUGCAGAUCUCGGUGAUCCGCAUCAAGAAGGGCAUUGCCUGGACCAAGGCCAAGGUCAGGGAGUUCAUGCAGGCCCACUUCAAGCAGAGAGAGGCCGAUGAGGUGAAACCCUUGGAUGAGCUGUACGACAAGAAGGUGAACUGCAUUGCCAACCACACCGGGGCCGACAUCAACCGCGACAUCGACUUCCUCAAGAACGGCAACGGCACCACCAGCGGCAUCGGGAGCAGCGUGGAGAAAUACAUCAUCGACGAGGACCACAUGUCCUUCAUCAACAACCCCAACCUCACCGUGCGCGUCCCCAUCGCCGUGGGCGAGUCCGACUUCGAGAACCUCAACACGGAGGAUUUCAGCAGCGACACGGAUCCUGAUGGCAGCAAAGAGAAACUUGACGAGACCAGCUCCUCUGAGGGCAGCACCAUUGACAUAAAGCCUGAAGUGGAAGAAGUGCCCGUGGAGGCACCAGAGGAGUACCUGGACCCAGAUGCCUGUUUCACAGAAGGUUGUAUGCAGCGCUGCAAGUGUUGUCAGGUCAAUAUUGAGGAGGGGUUGGGAAAGUCGUGGUGGACCUUGAGGAAAACUUGUUUCCUAAUUGUGGAGCACAAUUGGUUUGAGACUUUCAUCAUCUUUAUGAUCCUCCUGAGCAGUGGGGCUCUGGCUUUUGAGGAUAUUUACAUCGAGCAGAGAAAAACCAUCCGGACCAUCCUGGAGUAUGCAGACAAGGUCUUCACCUACAUUUUCAUCCUGGAGAUGCUGCUGAAGUGGUGUGCCUAUGGAUUUGUGAAAUUCUUCACCAAUGCCUGGUGCUGGUUGGAUUUCCUCAUCGUGGCUGUCUCUUUAGUCAGCCUUAUAGCUAAUGCCCUGGGCUACUCGGAACUAGGUGCCAUAAAAUCCCUUAGGACACUAAGAGCCUUGAGGCCUUUAAGAGCGUUGUCCCGAUUUGAGGGGAUGAGGGUGGUUGUCAAUGCCUUGGUUGGCGCUAUCCCUUCCAUUAUGAAUGUCUUGUUGGUCUGCCUUAUCUUCUGGCUGAUUUUCAGCAUUAUGGGGGUUAACCUGUUUGCCGGGAAAUAUCAUUACUGCUUUAAUGAAACAGCUGAGCAUCGCUUUGAGAUAGAUGUUGUUAACAACAAGACAGAAUGCGAGGCUCUGAUGCCACCCAACUCCACGGAAAUCCGAUGGAAGAACGUGAAAAUUAACUUUGACAACGUUGGGGCAGGAUAUCUGGCUCUCCUCCAAGUUGCUACAUUCAAGGGCUGGAUGGACAUCAUGUAUGCGGCUGUAGAUUCCAGAAAGCAAGAAGAGCAGCCCAAGUACGAGGACAACAUUUACAUGUACAUCUAUUUUGUUAUUUUCAUCAUCUUUGGCUCCUUUUUUACCCUGAACUUGUUCAUUGGUGUCAUCAUCGACAACUUCAAUCAACAAAAGAAAAAGUUUGGAGGUCAAGAUAUUUUCAUGACAGAAGAACAAAAGAAGUACUACAAUGCCAUGAAAAAACUGGGCUCAAAGAAGCCUCAAAAACCCAUUCCCCGACCUCUGAACCGCAUCCAAGGAGCCGUCUUCGACUUUGUCACUCAGCAAGCCUUCGACAUCGUCAUUAUGAUGCUCAUCUGCCUCAACAUGGUGACCAUGAUGGUGGAGACAGACACGCAGAGCAAGCAGAUGGAGGACAUCCUUUACUGGAUCAACUUUGUGUUUGUCAUCUUCUUCACCUGUGAGUGUGUGCUGAAGAUGUUUGCCUUGAGGCACUACUAUUUCACCAUCGGGUGGAACAUCUUUGACUUCGUGGUUGUGAUUCUGUCCAUCGUGGGGAUGUUCCUGGCUGAAAUCAUUGAGAAGUACUUCGUGUCACCCACUCUGUUCCGAGUCAUCCGCCUGGCUCGCAUCGGCCGCAUCCUGCGAUUGAUCAAGGGAGCCAAAGGGAUCCGCACGCUGCUUUUUGCCUUAAUGAUGUCCCUGCCUGCCUUGUUCAACAUCGGCCUCCUGCUCUUCCUGGUCAUGUUCAUCUUCUCCAUCUUUGGCAUGUCCAACUUUGCCUACGUCAAGCACGAGGCCGGCAUAGACGACAUGUUCAACUUUGAGACCUUUGGCAACAGCAUGAUCUGCUUGUUCCAGAUCACCACCUCGGCUGGCUGGGACGGGCUCUUGCUGCCCAUCCUGAACCGGCCCCCAGACUGUGACCUGGACAAGGAGCACCCGGGCAGCGGCUUCAAGGGGGAUUGCGGGAACCCCUCGGUGGGGAUAUUUUUCUUUGUGAGCUACAUCAUCAUCUCCUUCCUGAUCGUGGUCAACAUGUACAUCGCCAUCAUCCUGGAGAAUUUCAGCGUGGCAACAGAGGAGAGCGCGGAUCCGCUCAGCGAGGAUGACUUCGAGACCUUCUACGAGAUCUGGGAGAAGUUCGACCCCGACGCCACGCAGUUCAUUGAGUACAGCAAGCUGGCGGACUUCGCCGACGCCCUGGAGCAUCCCCUGCGUGUCCCAAAGCCCAACACCAUCGAACUCAUCGCCAUGGACCUGCCUAUGGUAAGUGGGGACAGGAUCCACUGUUUGGACAUUCUGUUUGCCUUCACCAAACGUGUCCUGGGGGACAGCGGGGAGCUGGAUAUCCUGAGACAGCAGAUGGAGGAGAGGUUUGUGGCUUCCAACCCUUCCAAAGUGUCUUAUGAGCCCAUCACCACCACGCUGCGGCGCAAGCAGGAGGAGGUGUCGGCGGUGGUGAUCCAGAGGGCUUACAGGGCUCGUUUGGCACGACGGGGCUUCAUCAGCCGAAGGCCUGCCACCACCAAACUGGAGAACGGGGGAGCCAACAGGGAGAAAAAGGAGGGCACCCCCUCCACGGCGUCCCUGCCGUCCUACGACAGCGUCACCAAACCCGAGAAGGAGAAACAGCAGCGGGCGGAGGAGGGCAGGAGAGAAAAGGCAAAGAGACAAAAAGACGCCAGGGUGGCCAAGUCUUGAGAGACACACACACACAAACACAGAGAGAGAGAGAGAGAGAGGAAAAAAAAUUAACAAAAAAAAAUAGUAGAAUUGUACGAAUUAAAAUAUUUGCAAAUGGAAAAAAAAAAAAAAAAGAUUGUUUACAAACUUCCUGAAAUAUAUCAAUACAGAACAGCUGUGGAGACACUUACCUGAAGAUCUUAUACCAAACAUAGUCUGCUUACUGUGUGACAGCAUUGCAUCUAAAGCAGUGACCUACCACCUGUUUAAAGGACCCUGUAAACAAACAUUUAAACACAAAAAAAAGGAAAAAAAAGGAUUUUCUAUUGUUUGGGCAGGUGGAUACUGCAUGUUCCACAUCAGUCAAUGCAACUUAGGACAAACAAGCAAAAUAAACCACACACACACACACACACACACACACACACACAAACUCACACAGAGCAACAAAACUCGCUGCUGGGAUUCAUGUAUUUUCCAAAGCAGCCCCAAAUGGAUUUUAUUUUCCCAUUUUGUUGAUUAUUCUCAGAAGAAAACCCAGAAGUCACAAUGUCAGUGGGUUUAUUCAUGCAAAACUAUAUUUGCAUUUAGUUAAGCAGAAAAAAAAAAAAAAAAAGAGGAAAAAAAUUGAAAAAAGAGUUAAAACAAGUAGAACAAAAAAAAAAAAAGGAAAAAAUGAAGCAAAGCACCCAUUAAGCCCACUGAGUUACCAUAGUUUAUUUGAGAUUUAUUAUUUGCAUUCUACUUUCUACAUGGGCUUUACUUGGUUUGGGAGAUGGGGCAGUCGGGUACCUUCAGCCUGGAGCCAGCUCGGGCUGAUCCCCCCCCAAAAAACAAAGUGCUCGUUAACGCCUAGAAGCAAUUUUUGCAGAUUUUUGCAUGUCGGCAUGAUCAGGGACCAUGCAUGAGGAACCACAACCAGGGGACACGCAGUCACCUGACCACAGAGGUGUGUUAAGCCAUAAAUUUGAGGCACUCCACUGAGUAUCUACCGCACACUGUAUUUUGGAGAGAAACCUUAGUGAUGCUCCUGCCCGGCACCAGUAUUCCCAGUUCAUAGAGAAUCUUCCAUAAACCUGCCAGUAGAAGAAAAAAAAAAAACCAACAAAACCGCAGUGUAGCUCUAAAAACACAAAAUCCCCCAACAGAACAAGCAGGUGAAUGAAUUGUGUGUGUCUGUUUCACAACUUUGACUUUCUUUUCCAUACAGCCAUGGUUUUUUGCACACUGAAACAGAACAAAAUUCCAAAAUGCUGCUCUGGACCUCACCAAAGGGGAGAGGAUAAAUCUGGGAAUGGCUUGUUAUCCAUGUCACUGUAAAUCCAAAACCUAGGGCUUCAACCAGCCAGCAAGGUCAGUUGUAUCCUGCAAUAUUUAGCAUUAAUAUUAAUUGUCCUUCAGCCUCCAUCCUGCAGGGUAGACACUUCUUUUGGUAGAGAUAAAUGUUAAAAAAAAAAAAAAAAAAGCACGUUACCUCUGCUGGUAGGAAUUUGGGGAGCUCACCCACAGCACUCCUGGGGUGGAGGGCGGGGUUGGGAGUCACCCUCGGGGUCAGGACCCAUCUUUGGGGUCGGGACCCACCCUUGGUUGUCCCAUGGCCAUCGUGGCUCCUGCUCUGGGGGGGUGCAGAGCUGGACCACGGGGUGCUGAGGUGUGGCCAGGAGGAGUUUUGGGGGCUGCAACCCAGGAGGGGCCAGGUGCCUUCACCUUCCCCCCAUUUCCCACACCUGCCCCAGGUAGCCCUGGGGGUACCUCUGGGCUGGUCUCACUGCAGCAGAAGGAGCAUCACGAGCCACGUUCGGCUGUUUUCUGUUUCCUCACCCCCAGCUCCCUCUUGGGGUGUCCUCAGCCAGUCUCCGUCCAGCCCCACUCAGGUUGGGGUGUCCCUUCAGGGUGGUGGCACCAGGGAGGGGAAGCCAAGGGUCACUGCAGGGGUGACAUCCAAACUAAGGGUACCCAAAGUAGGGAAAAAGAAAACCCCAAUACACCAGAGCUUGAUGGGAGGAUGAAUCUCAGUUUGCAUAAUCCCAUAAACCCAGAAAAUGCCAGGAAUCACCUAAAGUAAACCAAACCCAAGCAGGAAGCCAUCCAGCAGCCAUCUGUGCCACUUUGGCAACCUCGGGGCGGCCACGGCACGGGAGCAGCUCUGCCCCCCAGCAGAGACCUCGUCUGUCCUGCCCCGUUGCUCCCAGGAUGGGAUGUAUAAUAAUAAAAAUAACAACAAAGAAACAACAACAAAAAAAUCUACAUACAUAUGUACAGGCUACGUUGUAAACAGCACAAAAAAAAAGAAAAAAAGGGAAAAAAAUAGCUGAAAAGUGUGGUUGAACUUUUUAAGAGAAUAUUAUAAAUACUGUAAUAUAUCAUUUUAUUUUAUUGGCAUGCCUUUUUGUAAAUACAAUGAACUACAAAAAUUAUAGAAUGGCUUCUGGCUUAUGCCAUUGUCCAUGGUUAUUUUUAUUUUUUUAAGAUUUUUCUGUUGUCCUUAGAUUUUAGAUAGCCAGGAAAUGUCCCCCAAAGGAAAAAAAAUAACCACAACAACAAAAAAAUUCCAAAUGAAAACCUAACCCCCUCAAAAUAGGAUAAUCUAUAAUAAACAAAAGCUUUAUUGCAAGUGGUAUUUGCAGCAGCAAAAGUGGCUAUUUUUGGGUUCCAAUGUGCAAUAAGUCAACCACUUCUAUGCAAGAUUUGGCUGAAUUUCAUAAUUGUUCCUAGGCUGGGCUUGUAGCUCGGCGCGUUGGCGUUUGUGCUGGCAACUCCUGAAGCUGCUCAAUGACUUUAAAAUAAAAAAGUCCCUUCAAACUCUGUA